CCGCUCCCCCCACAUAGACAUUAAAACAGCCCCCCCCUGGCGUUUCUGUCCCUUUGGUAGUGACCGAUUUUCACGCCGGGCAAGAUGGCGGCUGUACUGCCGAGGUGUAGGAGCCGCUCGGCAUGAAGUCAUUUUUUAACAAAUUGAUUAAAAUCAAACAAAUAUUUGAACACCGGACUACAGGGAGCGAGGAUCACUUACCACUCAUUACAUUCAUCGAUAUCUAAUUUUAUAUGUUGUGAUAAGGAUUUAUUUCUGACAAAAUGAUAAUUGUAGUAGCUCGCUAAACUAGCUAACGUUAGGAAACGCCGGAGAAAGUGUAGAAUGGGAGAAAAGCUAGAACUCAAGCUGAAGUCGCCAGUUGGAGCCGAAGCUGCUGGCUACUCGUGGCCUUUACCAGUAUACGAUAAACACCAUGAUGCUGCUCAUGAAAUCAUUGAGACCAUUCGUUGGGUGUGUGAGGAGAUCCCAGACCUUAAGUUGGCUAUGGAGAACUAUGUCCUCAUCGACUACGACACGAAGAGCUUCGAGAGUAUGCAAAGACUUUGUGACAAAUACAACAGAGCCAUCGACAGCAUCCACCAGCUGUGGAAAGGCACCACCCCGCCCCUGAAGCUGAACAAGCGGCCGUCCAAUGGGCUCCUCAGGCAUAUCCUGCAGCAGGUGUACAACCACUCGGUCACGGACCCAGAGAAGCUCAACAACUAUGAGCCAUUCUCCCCCGAGGUGUACGGUGAGACAUCCUUUGACCUGGUGGCCCAGAUCAUCAACGAGAUGGAAAUGAUGGAGGACGAUACCUUUGUAGACCUCGGCAGCGGAGUGGGACAAGUGGUGCUGCAGGUUGCUGCAGCAACAAACUGUAAACACUACUUUGGUGUGGAGAAGGCAGACAUUCCAGCCACUUAUGCAGAGUCCAUGGACAAAGAAUUUAAGAGGUGGAUGAAGUGGUAUGGGAAGAAACACGGGGACUACUCGCUGGAGAGGGGUGAUUUCCUGUCUGAAGUGUGGAAGGAGAGGAUAGCCAACACAAGUAGUGUAAUUUUUGUGAACAACUUUGCUUUUGGUCCAGAGGUUGAUCACCAGCUGAAGGAGCGCUUUGCUAACAUGAAGGAAGGUGGGAAAAUUGUAUCCUCAAAACCUUUUGCACCUCUAAAUUUUAGAAUCAACAGUCGAAACUUGAGUGACAUUGGCACAAUAAUGAGAGUCGUGGAGUUGUCUCCGUUGAGGGGUUCAGUGUCCUGGACUGGAAAACCAGUUUCCUACUACCUUCAUACGAUAGACCGCACCAUACUUGAAAACUAUUUUCAUAGUCUCAAAAAUCCUAAACUCAGGGAGGAGCAAGAAGCAGCUAGGCGUCGUCAAGAAAAGAAUAGUAAAAGCAACAGCACCACGCCAACCAAGGCAAAGGAGCACAAGGAUUCUUGUGAGGAGGUUGAGCGACCAGGCCUAUUGGCAGUCGUGAAGGCGCCACCCAAACCGCGGCGCGCCAAACUCCUCAAGGGCCGCAAGCUGAGUGCUCGGAAGCGCGGGCGUCCCAAGAAGGCUGCUGUAGCCGCAGCUGAGCGAAAGAGCAAGAGCAGCCAGAGUGCCCUGGAUCUGCUGCAUGCCAAGACCCUCUCAGCAGCACCCCCUCAGGAUGCAUACAGGUCACCUCAAAGUCCCUUCUACCAGCUACCUCCCAAAGUUCAGCACUAUGCGUCUGGCCAACUUCUGCUGGGCCCCAGUCCUCCUGGCCUACAACAGCUUCUUGACAACAUUAAAGUCCAGUACCUCCAGUUCAUGGCCUACAUGAAGACACCUCAGUACCGCAACAACCUGCAGCAAGUCCUGGAGCAGGAGAAGCUCAAACACAGAGGUCUUUCUGGGCAGGCGGAGCAUCUGCAGACUGCGUGUCAGACCCACAAAGAGAAAAUCAAAGGGCUCUUCCACCACAAACUGGAUGAGCUGGGAGUGAAGGCCCUCACCAUGGAGGACCUAUUGGAGGCCCAGAAGGAGAUCUCGGCCCACAACCGUCAACUGAAGGAGCAGACCAAGCAGCUGGAGAGAGACAUGGCCGAGCUGAGGGAUCACAGCCUGCUCCUGUUGAAGUCUCGAUGUGAGGAGCUGAAGCUGGAUUGGAGCUCUCUGUGUCUUGAGAGCCUGCUGAAGGAGAAGCAGGCCCUGCGUAGACAGAUCUCAGAGAAACAGCGCCACUGCCUCGAGCUGCAGAUCAGCAUCGUGGAACUGGAGAAGAGUCAGAGGCAACAGGAGCUGCUCCAGCUCAAGUCCUACAGUCCCUGUGAUGGCUCCCUAUACCACAAGGGCCUCCCCGGCCUGGAGGCCCUCCCCCGUCCUCCCCUGGACCACCACACCCCCAAACUCAGCCUGGCUGCGGCCGGCCUCAACAGUCUCAGCCCCGAGCUGUCCAUCAACAGCAUCGCCCCGCCCUGCUUCCACAGGGGGGGUGUGGGGACCAAGGGAGGGCUGCUCUCCCGCUACCUGCCUAUCUCGCCCGACCACGAGAUUGUACCCCCCACCCCGGAUGCCCGACACAGGCAGCUGGGUCACCCCCUCCCCGACUACACCCGGUACUCCCCAGCUAAGAUCGCCCUGCGCAGACACCUGAACCAGGACUCUAGUAUGGCACACUUCAGAGGCCUGGGCUUCACUGGUCUCAGGGAUAUGGUUGCUGUCACCUCUCCAUUAGGAGCUAAACUGAGCUGCCUCUCUCCCAACUCAUCAGACAGUCUGCAGAACAACACACCCAGGAGUGCUGAGAGGGGUGACACCAUCACCAGCCUGCCCAUCAGUAUCCCCCUCAGCACGGUGCACCCCAGCAAGCUCCCUGUUAGCAUCCCCCUGGCCAGUGUGGUGCUACCCAGCCGAGCUGAGAGACUGAGGAGCACACCGAGUCCUGUGUUCCAGAUGGGCCAGACCAACGGGUACUGCUCUAGCUCAGGGCUGAUGAACGGAGGCUCUCAUUCUGAGGACCAGGACAGUGCUGCCCCCUCCCCUCCCCCUCACGGUGCCCCUCUAACGGGACCAACACAAGGCCACAGCCCCCCUCUCAGCACCGGGGGGGUCCUCCACUACGCUGACGCCCCCCCCAGAAUCCUCCCUGAGGACUGGGCCGAGCGGCACGGUGAGUCUGACUCUGAGCCCCAGGACAGCGAGUCCAGACGCCGCAUGUUCUUCUCUUCCUCCUCCUCUUCCUCAUCUUCAUCCUCUUCAGGGGGCGCAGUGACUCGCCUACACCUUGGCUCGGGCAGGCAGGGCAAACAUCACCACGGCAACCACAACACCAUUAACCACCACCGCUCGCCGGGCUCCCAGCACACACACACCCACGGCCAUGGAUCACAAGAGGGGCGCAAGCGUGGGAGGAGAAAGCGCAGCUCCACGGGGGCUCAACCUGCCAGCGGCUCCCCAAAGAGGAGGUCCUUUCCUGGGCUCAGCUCCACCAGCCAACCCUCAGGAUCCCCACUCAACAUCAACUCCAUGGUGAACAACAUUAACCAGCCUCUGGAGAUUGCUGCCAUUUCUUCCCCGGAGCAGUCUGGUUGUAGCCCCUGUGGGCCAGACAUGGACCAGCCUCCCGUACUGAAGAGAGAACGCCCUCUGGAGAUCAACGGCUCAGGACACUACUCCUCUGCACCCAGCUCCGACGACGACUCUGGCUACCCUGCUGACAGCUCCAGCUCAAGAAUUGAAAGGAAGAUUGCCACUAUUUCCUUGGAGAGCAGAGAUGGAGCAGGCAGACCAGGGAACAGCGAGCGGGGAAGGAAAUCGGGAGGCAGCAGCGGGAACAGCACCGGCAGUGAAGUCUCCUCUUCAUCCUCAUCUUCCAACAGCAAGUGGAAGUCUACCUUCUCCCCAAUCUCAGACACCAAGCAGCCCCCAGGCGAGCUGAGGCAGGGGGGCUCCCCCUUCGGUAUGGGGAGAGAGCCACUGGGCCUAGGCACCGACUCAGACUCUGAUCACAAACCGCAGCAGAGGAGGGGGGGGGAAGGGGGUGGAGGCGAGUCCUCAGCAUCUCCGUACAUUCCCCCUAGCCCCUUCCUCAGCCAGGAGGCUGGUGGCCGGCCAGGGGCAGGCCCCCAGGGAGGAAGCAGCUCUGAAAGGCAGGCUAUGCCCAAACAGAAGCCCAGGGGGGAGUGGGAGCUGAAGACAUCCAGCAGCCUAGGAAACAGCCAAAACCUCUUCAUCUCUGCGGCUGCCAGCGGUGGUAUCCUGAGUGGGAAGGUGGGGGGAAGCCCAGUAGCUGUGUCCUCAGCCUCAGGGGCUUCUGUGGGACAGUACCUGGGGGCCCAGUUCCCCCUCGGGGGGGCCUCUGUCCUUCAGUCCCUGUUUGGGGCCCAGACACCCAGCACCUCGGUGAGCGGGGCCUCUCGCCUGGUCAAUGGACACUCUUCCCUGGGGAGCUUCUCCAGCGCUGGGCUGGCAGGCGGAGCAGCUGGAGGUAUUUUUCACCACGUGGUGCCCUCAGUGUCGUCCCAUCAGUUUGGGGCUGUGCUGCCAGCCACAGGAGGCCUCAGCUCUCUGCUCAGUCUCUCCUCCUCCCAGCAGCAUCAGCACAUUGCCCCUCACUCAUGCUCCUCCUUCCUGGCCUCUGUGUCCUCCACCAUCCCCCCGCCCCUCUCACAGGCCCAGCACAGCCGCACCCAGACAGUACUGCACACUCCUCUGCUCCCCAUGCGCUCUCUUCCACCUCCCCCGCCUCUACUUAAUGUCUCCUACUCUUCCUCUGUCCCCUUUUCCUCUGAGCCCACUCCCUCGUCUCGCUCUGAGUCCUUCCUCUCCUCACGACUAGUUGCCUCUUCCCUCCAGCAUCAGAGAGCACAGUCCUCCUCAAUCUCUCUCUCUGGCUCCUCUGCUGCUGCUUCUGCCCACCUUCCUCCUUCCUCUCGUAACUUCACAGCACACCACCCCCCUCACCUGCCCCCUCCAACCCCGGCCAGUAUAUCAGGAGGUGGGGGCAUCAUGUGGAGGACUCUGGGCUUGCCUGCUUCCUACAUGUCGUCCUCUCAGCACACCGGUUCCCGGCCUAGAUAGGGUGGGGGGUGGGGGGGGAGUAGGUCAGUCAGAGGGAUAAGGAGGAGAGAUCUGGUUGUCCCUGUUCUUCCCAAGCUGCUAUUCAGUCCCAACAAGGUAACUGAAGAAUAUCUACCUCAACCCAACGUAACCUAUGCAAAUGGCCAGCCCUGCUGAAACACUGCUAGGAUGAAAAAUGCAGGUGUAAUUUUGGGACUUUUAAUACGGUCCGUGUUGUAUUCCGGCAAGUCUCUGGAACCCUAUCUCACGGAGUUCACAGGGGAUGGGUAAAAAAAAAAUGUUUUACGUGUCACCUUUUGUCCACUGAAGGUUGUAGUGGUACUUUCUGCAGCCUGUCCAACCUGCACACACUGGUAUACGAACAUCCUCACCCACACACUGGUAUACGAACAUCCUCACCCACACACUGGUAUACGAACAUCCUCACCCACACACUGGUAUACGAACAUCCUCACCCACACACUGGUAUACGAACACCCUCACCCACACACUGGUAUACGAACACCCUCACCCACACACUGGUAUACGAACACCCUCACCCACACACUGGUAAAUGCAUGAAUAACAACAAACUACUGGGCAAUUUUCACUUGAUUUAUUUCAUUUUUGUAAACAACAUUGUACUGUGAAUGGGAGACAUUCUGACUGUUUAAUUGUGUAUAAUUUUGAUUAUAUUUAUGCUGUCAUGUUUUUUGUUUAUUUUGUUCUCCUGAAAUGUGUAACAGUGUAGAAUGCAUUAGGUAUAAGUGUGUACUUAACGUAGUCUGAAAACAUUGGUGCUACAAUCUGUAUAACUCUGGACUGUGCCUCAUUUUAUUUAUACAAUAUUAAGAACAUCAAUAACUGUCGAUACUUGGUGCUUCUUGUACACAGGGACGUUUUAAAUGCCAUUUUCUGGCAUUCUUUCUCUUAUUUAAAGUGUAGUUAUCAGAUUUUUGAAUUGUUGUACUAGUGUACAACUGCAGACGAUUUGGCUCAGAGUUAAGGCAAUAGGUAACGCUCUCAUUAGAUGUUUUCACACAGUAUUUUUGGCAUACUGCGAAACACCCUUUUGCUUUCAGAAACUUGCCACUUGUUCAGGACUAUUUGUAAAUGUUUUUCUUGUAUUCUUAAUUUUAACUUAAGUUUAAGGGUGUGUUGCUGAAUAUGAAACGCCUAGAUUGCUUUGGGGUAUUAUUUAAUUAUUAUUUUUUGGGGGGGGCUGACAUGUGGCCAACUUCUACAACCUGUCAAACAGGUUGGGCCAGGACCCAAGGGAGACAGAGGUGCAGAGUUGUUAAGCCAGUGCUUUAAUAGUGAGAAACACCAUGACUAUAUUCAGUGUCAAUGAGGGCUCCUCUGAGAUGUACUGUACCAGUUAAAAGUUUGGACACUUUUUUUGGUUACUACAUGAUUCCAUAUGUUAUUUCAUAGUUUGAUCUAUUCACUAUUCUACAAUGUAGAAAAUAUUAAAAAUAAAAACCAUGAAUGAGUAGGUGUCUAAACUUUUGACUGAUAAUGUAUAUAUUUAUCUAGAGAAACUCGACGCUUGUGCUAUGUGCUUAACACAUGCAGACAGAGAUUUUGUGGUGAAACUAGACUGUCUGGAUUGUAUCAGAUUUACUUUACGCUUUUUAAAGAAAAACGUAUACUGGUGCUCUUUCAACCACACAAACUGAUUUCAGAAAAUGUUCUGGGUGCAUCCAAAAACCAAAUGUCAUCUCAUUUCUACUGCCUGGGAUAUGUCUUAAAACUGCCUCCUUCCCAUAGUGUGAGCAUGUUACAUCUGUUUGUAAUUACAUGUUAAUUGUUCCAAUAUAACUGGUAGUAGAAUAACUAGUAGGUAUUAUGUGAGUUUGCAACAAUCAGGAUUCCUUUUGAUCUGAUUGCCAAAUGAGUCUUUAUUAAUUGAGGACGUGAAGCAGCAGGACAUUCAUUUCUCUUCAUUGUUUUGUUUGUUUCACCUAUACCCUCAAAGAAAAAUGACUCAUCAAAGCAUUAGUCACAAUGUGGUCCGGUAAACGAGUGCUUUGUAACCAGGAAUGUUUAUCAACCCUUCUGUUCAAGUGAAGUGAGGACAAUGAUUUGUUCAUGUCAGACAUGAACAAAAAAGCGAAUUCCAUUGUUAACAGCGUUGACAGGCCUUUUUUGUAAUUAUUGUUUUCAUUUUUUCCCUUGGUGUUUGAUUUCAUCACAGUUGGUAUCAAUUAUGCUUUUAUGACAAGAUUCAGAACAAGUUUUAAUACUCUUAAACAGACAGUGCGGUGCUCUCCUACACUUAAAAUGAGGGAAAAUGCAGCUAUUGAUUAAUACACUUCUCCUGUUGUGCUAGAGGGGGGAGGUUUAAACUUCAACACAGGCUCUCGUUUACUUUUUAAUCUGAAUAUAUAUAUAUAUAUACUUCCUAGUUGGCUGGAGUGGCAAUGUGUGUGGGAGUGAGAAUAGUAUUGGGUAGUGAAUAUUGUUCAGGUUUUAACGAACUUUAACAACAUGCCCCAUUUCUAAUAUGUCCACUGAAGAACUACGCCUAUGAUCUCUCUGGCAAAUGUGGAUGAUAUAUAUUGAAGUCAUAUAGUGCUCUAUACAUUUUCUCAAUGCAUAACUUACAGUGAAGACUUUUCCACAUACCAAGACUGAAUCCUGCCAAGUCUCUCUCAGGAACUUGAAAUGCUAUAACACUUUGAAUACUGUAUGUCCCACUUAUCUUAAAACUGGGACUUAUGUUUCUCCCUUUCUCAGGACCAGGGACCGCAUUUAUAUUUUGAUGUAACUUAAAUUGAUAUUGGUGCUAUGAGUUGACAAACUGCCUUAGAUGUAUGUUUGUCGUCUCAAUUUCUCACUGUCACACACAUCCAGCCACGUCAGCGAAAGACUGCAGGUUUGUUCGACUAGUCUGAAGAUGUCGUGGAAAAGCCUCAUCUCUUCCAACUCUCUCACACGUCUCAAUCCCUCUCCUCUUUCUCAAAAUGAAAUGUCCUUUGACCUUCAGUGUUGUGAUCCUUACAUAGGAGAACGCUGUGUAGUUGAAGGAAUUAAUUUAACUAACUCAGUAAAUCCAGGGCAGGUUUGAUGUGAAAUAGGCAGACAUAUUUUCCAAAACACCCUGGGUUGUCAUGUAAACUCUUGGUGUUGGUGCUUUUAUCUUAAAUAUGAUUAAUGACAAAUUGAAAUUUGUUUAGCUUUUUAUGAUUAAUAAAAUGUUUUCUUAUGAAGUG